UUAAAAGAAAAAUGAAGACAGAUGGGCUUCGGGAAACUGUGCAAUGACUCGAGUGCACCUAAAUUAAUCUGCGCUUGACAAAAAAAAACAGACAUUUCAGAUAAAAGACAUGAUUACAAUGUCACGAGGAUAAAAUUAAAUUUAAAAUGUUGAUAAAUGUUGUUGGCCCAUUCAUUGAAACCGGGCGAAGAUGUUUAUUUUGUGCUGUAAUAUGUCUUAAAAGUGAAAUAGAAUCGUCGCUUCUUUCGGAAAAUUACUUGUUUUCAAACCUCGUAAAAACAGGAAGGAAAAGUGAUGAACAAGCAGCUCUGGACCAAAAACUGGUGGUGUACAAACAAAGUGCGUUAGUCGCUUUGGAAAACCUUACAAGUCUCCAAACUUUUAUUGCCUUCUUUCUUUUAUUGUCAGAAAGCCUUGGAAAUAAGGAUUCUGCUAAUGAGCAGACUGGAAUAAAAAUGUCCUUGACAACAUCAUCCUGUAAAUGUGUCACCAUCCUUCUCUUGCUAUCAGGUGUUCUGGGUGUUAAAGAUUGGAAAGUUACUUAUGAAAAGCCACACAUCUGUGCCUUGAAAGGAUCAUCAGUGACAAUACCCUGCUCUUACCAGUAUCCCCGUGGUCAUAGAGUAAAUGAAACAUUUUGGAUUAAUAAACGAGAGACAAAUAAAGAUCCUGAGGACCUAAAACAGGACCAACAUUAUCACGAUCGUGUGACAUACCUAGGAGAUAAGUCUGAAGACUGCACCUUCAGAAUUGAAAAUGUUGAAGAGCGUGAUUCAGCAACAUAUUGGUUUAGGUUAGUUACAGAUCAAGUGGGCGGAAAAUGGAUCGGUGAGCCUGGAGUGACACUGUCAGUGACAGCUCUACAGGUGGAAAAGAGUCAACCAUCUGCGACGUCCCAAGCGACACUGACCUGUAAAAACACCUGCUUUCCAAAAGUCCAUAAUGACUAUGUUUGGUUUAGAGAUGGGAAAUAUGUACUCAAUCAGUAUGACAAUGUUUUAGUACCUGAAGAAAAUGGAAUGUAUUCAUGUGCUCUGAGAAGAUCUGAGAAUGUUCAGUCUGCACCAGUUAAGGUCUCUAUGGAAUAUUCUCCAAAAAACACUUCAGUAUCAGUCAGUCCCUCUGGAGAGAUACUGGAGGGCAGUUCAGUGACUCUGACCUGCAACAACAAAGCCAACCCACCAGUGUACAGAUAUACCUGGUUUAAGAAUGGAGCUGAAAUUUCACAGAGUGGAUCACAGAAGAAUUAUUACACCAUCACUAAUAUCAGAUCUGAAGACAGUGGAAAGUACCGUUGUGUCGCAAGAAAUACGCAUGGAACUGGAACUUCUAAACUGUAUAGUGUAGAUGUUCAGUAUUCCCCGAAGAACACUUUGGUAUCAAUCAGUCCCUCUGGAGACAUAUUGGAGGGCAGUUCAGUGACUCUGACCUGCAACAGCAAAGCCAACCCUCCAGUGGACACAUACAGCUGGUUUAAGAAUGGAGCUGAAAUCUCACAGAGAGGAUCAAUGCAGGAUUACGACAUCACUAACAUCACCUCUGAGGACAGCGGAGAGUACUAUUGUGUCGCAACAAAUACACGUGGAACUGGUACCUCUGGAGUAUAUACUGUAAAUGUUCUGUAUUCCCCAAAGGACACUUCAGUAUCAAUCAGUCCCUCUGGAGACAUAGUGGAGGGCAGUUCAGUGACUCUGACCUGCAACAGCAAAGCCAACCCACCUGUGGACACAUAUGCCUGGUUUAAGAAUGGAGCUGAAAUCUCACAGAGAGGAUCAUGGCAGAAUUAUAACAUCAGUAUCAUCAGAUCUGAAGACAGUGGAGAGUAUCACUGUGAAGCAAGUAACAAAGUUGGAACUCAAAAGUCUAAUAAUGUAAUAUUCAACAUUCAUGGUCUCUGGUAGUUGGUCUCCAACAUGACAAAUCGUGCGGUCAUACUAUCUGUAUACAUUGUCACCUUCCUGAUUGGCCUGCCAACCAACAUCUUGUCACUGUGCGCAUUCUCCAUCAAAGUACACAGCAAGCCCAUGUCCACCGAUAUCCUACUGCUCAACCUCACUGUGUCAGACCUCCUCUUUCUCAUUGUCUUACCGCUAAAGAUGCAUGAGGCAGCUUCAGAAAUGAAGUGGCUGUUCCCCUACUUCCUGUGCCCCAUCACCUCCUUCUUCUUCUUUUCGACCAUCUACACCAGCUCUCUUUUGCUCAUGGCUGUCAGCGUGGACCGCUACCUGGGUGUGGCUUUCCCUGUCCGCUAUAGGCUGAUGCAGAAACCACUGUAUGGUGGGAUAGCCAGUGUGAUCAUUUGGGUUGUCAGCUCAGGUCACUGUAGUAUUGUUUUCAUCACAGAGCACCUUCUCUCACGGAACACCACCUUGAACACUGAAAUCUGUUACGAUAACUUCUCUGGAGAGCAGCUGAACAUCUUGCUCCCUGUCCGGCUUGAAUCCUUUUUUGUCAUUUUCCUGGCCCCUCUCUUAAUCUGCACCUUCUGUUAUUUGAGUUGUAUUCGAAUCCUCUACUCUCAGCCAAGGAUCUGCCAGAAGAAGAAGAAGGCCAUAGGCAUGGCCCUGGGCACCCUCCUGGUGUUUUUCAUCUGCUUUCUACCAUACAAUGUCUCCCAUGUCAUUGGCUUCCUGGAGGGGAAGAGCCCAGACUGGAGGUCCUACACUCUACUGCUCAGCACCUUCAACACCUGCCUGGACCCAAUCAUCUUCUACUUUUCUUCUUCCACCUUCCAGAACAUGGUCAAAUAUCUCCCUUUCAAGGUCCUUGGACUGCGGUAAAAGCAUACUGAGGUCUGAAAGACAAUCAAAGGCAACACCAGAAACUGGAAAUGGAUAUGAUCCCUGAAUUUCCAAGUGUUUGUCAGAAUAUUUUUUUUUAAAUUUACUUUUAUAAUAAAAGU